AUGCCUUCUACCCUGCAGCUUUCCAAAACCUCAUCAACCUAAACAAAAACAAUCUUGUCGUGUCGUCCCUGAAAACUUAUUUGCAUAAUCUGAUGAUUUUAGUACUUAAGCUCACAUCCACAGGGGCAAACUAACAUGAAGGGUUGUACUCGUUUUUCUUUCUUUGUGACAUUUUGGAGGCACCGUGAACUGACAUAGACAUAGUCAGUCAUCGGUCAUGACCUUACCGGAGACUACUAGUCACUUCCCUGUGAGGCUGGGAAUCAGGAUGCCCAAGAGUGUGGCCUGAAAGCACUGACUCUAGAUUUGUUAUUUCCCUCCCACGACCCCAACUCUGAAGUCUUUGCACCCAUAUACCUGUUCAGCGAGAGCAUUACAACGUAUUUGUACUUUUGUGCAAUUAUGUAUUUGUUCUGUGUUUACUCUAGCUAUUUCCAAAUGCAAUGCAUAGAGCACCCUGCAGCUUGCCAUUUCCUUACCAACACUAUAACCUGCUGCAAUGGCAGUGCAGAAACUCUUCCACAUCUCAAUUUUCCUGCUAGUAUGCACAGCCAAGGCAAUCAACCCCGAAGCUGAAGCACUACUCCGAUGGAAGUCCACUUUGAUUGGUGCCAACCCGUUGCCCUCGUGGUCAAUUGCCAACUCUACGUGCUCUUGGUCCGGCGUCACCUGUGACGCUGCCGGACAUGUUACCAAGCUCCACCUUUCCGGCUUUGGGCUCCAUGGUACGCUACACGCCUUCUACUCUGCUGCGUACCAGAAUCUCAUCAAGAUCAAACUCAACAGCAAUAAUCUUGUUGGCACCAUCCCGGCAAACAUAUCCCUUUUGCUCACGCUCACCAUUUUGGACUUGAGCAACAACAAUCUUGUCGGUGCCAUCCCCUACCAACUCAGCAAGCUACCAAUACUAGUCGAGGUUAAUCUGGGAAAUAACCAAUUGACUAGCCCAGAAUUUGACAAGUUCUUGCCUAUGUUCAGCUUGAAGCUAUUAUCUCUAGCUAACAAUAAUCUCAGUGGAACCUUCCCACAAUUCAUCCUCAACUACACCAAUGUGAGGAUGCAAUUCCUUGAUUUGUCAGGUAAUGACUUCUCAGGGCUGUUACCAGAUUCACUGCCGGAAAUGGUCCCAAGGUUGAGGUAUCUAGAUCUGUCAGCUAAUGGAUUCUCUAGCGUGAUACCUCGCUCACUCUCGAGGCUCCAGAAGCUUGAGAUACUGCUUCUCAACGAAAAUAAUCUUACAGGAGGGAUCCCAGAGGAGCUUGGGUUGGUACCUGGAUUGCGAGUUCUUUCACUGAGUGACAAUUCACUUGGUGGGUUCAUCCCAGCCUCACUUGGGCAGCUUCAGUUACUAGAGCAACUCAAUAUCAGAAAUGCUGGUUUGGUUUCUACUCUUCCACCCGAGUUGGGGAACCUUACUAAUCUCGGGCACUUGGAUCUGGCACAUAACCAGCUAUUUGGAAGUUUGCCACCAUCUUUGGCCAGGAUGCAAGGAAUGUCCUGGUUCAUUGUACAUGACAACUAUAUCGAUGGUAUCAUCCCGUCAGAGAUGUUUUCAAACUUGACUAAUCUUGCGGUAUUCGAUGUUGCCAAAAACUUGUUAGCUGGAAGCAUCCCAUCGCAGAUUGGUAACUGUAAAGAGAUAAUCACUCUCCUCCUCUCAAACAACAACUUUACUGGUUCCAUCCCAGUAGAGAUGGGCAGCUUGCCGAACUUGCAGUUUUUGGUCAUGUCAAAGAAUCACUUUACUGGAGUGAUACCAUCUCAUAUCGGCAAUGCAACAUCUUUGAAAUUCCUUGCCAUCAGAUCCAACCACCUUGACGGAGAGCUUCCUGCAACCAUGUCUGCAUUGAUAAAUCUUGUUGCUCUCAUCUUGUCUGGCAACAAGUUUACGGGUAUCAUUCCUAAUAUUGACAACAGGCAGUUGCCGUCUGCCAAGGUGGCAAAAGAUAAAAACGACAACAGCUUCAUGGGAGAAUUGCCAUCUGCCUUUUGUCAGUUACCACUUCUGCAACUCUUGGAUCUAUCAAACAAUCAGUUGUCUGGUGAGCUUCCUGGUUGCUUUUGGUACUUGAAAGAUUUGCAAUCCUUAGAUUUAUCGAGCAAUGCUUUUGCUGGUGAAAUUCCAACCUCAAGUUGCUGUAAUUCUUCACUAAGGUCCCUGCACCUGUCAGACAACAACUUUACAGGUUGCUUUCCAGCUGUGUUGAAGAACUUCAGACGCCUUGUUAUUUUGGAUCUCGGGAACAAUAAUAUUUCUGGUGUAAUUCCUCCAUGGAUAGGGCAAAGCAAUCCUUUGCUGAGGAUUCUCGGACUGCGAUCAAACAUGUUCUAUGGAAGUAUUCCCUGGCAGCUAUCACAACUCUCCCAUCUCCAACUGCUUGAUCUAGCUGAGAAUAAUUUUAUAGGUUCCAUACCAGAAAGUUUCGCCAACUUAUGCUUCAUGAGGCAGGCACCCACGAUGCAGCCAGGUAUAACAAUCGUCCUACAAUAUGCCACCUUUGGAUAUAUAUACAGUGGCACUAUGGUUGUAAUUUGGAAAGGACAGGAUUACAUUUUCCGGGGAAGAGAUGCAUUUGUGACAGGUAUUGAUCUCUCUGCCAAUUCUCUUUUUGGUGCUAUACCUCCGGAGCUGACAAAUCUUAGAGGCAUCCAGUUAAUAAAUAUGUCAAGAAAUUGUCUAUCUGGUAGUAUCCCAAAGGAUAUUGGCAGCCUAAAGUUUUUAGAAUCUCUUGACCUCUCUUGGAACAAGAUAUCAGGUCCUAUUCCUCCUAGCAUAUCAAACCUGAUAUUCCUCAGCUCCCUUAAUCUUUCGAGCAAUCUUCUGUCAGGAGGGAUACCUACAGGGAAUCAACUCCAAACAUUGGAUGACCCGUCAAUUUAUAGCAAUAACCUGGGACUUUGUGGCUCUGUAUUGAACAUUUCAUGUAAACAUGGUUCAAGUCCGACGACCACAUCAGAUGUGGGAAAGGAACAUCAUGAUGAACUUGAAACCAUGUGGAUGUACUGCUCAGUGAUCGCUGGAACAAUAUUUGGUUUCUGGAUAUGGUUUGGCACAUUGUUUUUCUGGAAGCCCUGGAGAUGUGCUUUCUUGAGUUGCAUAGAUGCCAUGCAACAGAAAGUUAUGAGGAAGAUGAAGCAUAUCCGAGGUAUAGAAAGUUGUCCAAGUAUUGAAUGACACCACACCAAAUGAAGAUGAAGCAAGAUGUAAGCGUCGUGAUAAUUAUAUCUGUUUCUGUUCCCAGUACGCUCAAGAAUUACCAAUGUUCCAGUGGACAUAUUUUGUUUGAAGGUUCUAGACAAGUUUGUUGUGUAGCUUUAGUCAGGGUAACGGUUUGUGUCUCGCUCAUGUUCUUGUAAGUGUAUGUUGUAAAUCUUAUAAUAUUUCUGAAGCCUAUUGUGCAAGAUUUUUCCUGUUGUUCAGAGUUGAAGAGCAGUUUCAGGUAGCAUACAUUGGAACUGCCUUCGAGCCUACCUACCCCUUCAAAUAGUGAAACCUCCAGCAUGCACUGGAAUUUUACUCCAUAUCCUAGUACUUCUCCCGAGGCUGCAUCUGUAUCAAGACUUUAACUACACGUAGUGAUCUUCAAGGGGAGCACACACUGCUUCUUGCUUGUUAAAUUGUUCCCUGGAGAAAAUGGUGCUGCAUCACUGGCAAUGACACCCCCAUGACUACAGCUUUCUGUACAUCAAACCUGACGACUUUCUUCCAGUCAUUUGUCUGUCACACCAGGACAUGCUAUCUUAUUCCAUCUCAGUGCUACAUGUUCCUAUGAUGUGCAUACAAGGUUCCUCGAAACCCAACAUUAAGUGAGAACCUUAAGAGCAUUCAGUGAUGUCUCAGCGGUGAAGUGUGCGACCAGAUGAUGAUCGAGUGAAUGUGUGUGUGUUCUGGUAUGCAUGCGUGUGCAUCUUGGUGUCUUCCCUGUAGUCACAAAAUAAAAAGCAAUCCAUACACUGGCUUGAAAUUAAAAAAAACCUGAACUUGGAAAAACAAAUUAAAUUUUUUAGGAUGCAAAAAGAAAUUAAGUUGGCUCUUUCCCCUUUGAAUGAUGAAUAGAUUUUCUCCCCGCAAGGAGGUAAGCAUUACGUGCUUGAUUUGUCAUAUGAUGGAGGGAGAGGGAAAAGUUACAGUUCUGUACUAGUCAUAGUAGGAAAUAGACAACCAAGUCAACAAUUUUGUGGCUGCUUUUUUUUGUUUUGUUUUGUUGAUUUUGCAAUUGCUGCGACAUGUGUUUGUGUAUGGCGUAUGGUAUCCUCAUCUGACCAAAUACUACUCUCUGUAUUGCACAUUUGUUCUUAUCAAGCAAAGCUUUAUACUGGAGCAGUACACCCUGUCGCAUGCCUUCUCUGACCGAGAGCUUGUGCACUCCUUCCAGUCAUCUUCUUCUCCAAAGUUACAAUUGAUUGCUCGAACAGUUCUUAGUUUGAUUGUUCCUCCAGCCUGAUUAGUGUUCUGUAAUUUUAAAACUGUAAUCUUCUAGAGAUUUGAGUUCUCAUUAUUUUUUUGGUUUGCAUUUCAUGG